GCGCGGUAAGCGCGUCGUGCGCACAAGGUCAUUCACGCGCUGAACGGCGAUCUACUUCUGCGUCCGACAGCGUGGACGCGCUGCUUGGCAAAGCAAUUCACCGGUAACACAUUUCCCCCACAGAUAAACAGCAAAAAACUCAGCAAUGGCCAGAGGAAGUCGUAGUCGUCCAUCACCGCCAGCUAGUCACACAGCAGCCUCUCACGCACCUGCCCAUCCAGCCCCAUCCACCCUCGCCCCAGCCCCUGCCCAGCCCAAGCAGCCCGGUCUGAUGGCACAGAUGGCCACCACUGCGGCGGGGGUAGCUGUGGGCUCAGCCGUGGGCCAUGUGGUGGGCAGUGCCCUCACGGGAGCCUUCAGCGGGAGCAGCAGCCCCCCAGAGCCCGCCAAGCCGUCCAGCACGGUGCAGCAGGAGCCCCCCCAGCCAGGCCACCCGAUGUCAGGCCCCUGCCACUUCGAGGUGAGACAGUUCCUGGAUUGUGCCACCACCCAGAGUGACCUGACCCUGUGUGAGGGCUUCAGUGAGGCCCUCAAGCAAUGCAAGUACUCCCACGGGGUGACCUCAUUGGUCUGAUGGAGCUGAGCUGAACUACUGUAGACAAGACCUUGGCCAUGCAAAAAAAAACCUUUGCCAGACUGUUACCAUCUGUUUUGUUUCAUUUAUGUGGUAUCAAGGGUAAACUGCUGAAUAUGUAAUACUGUGUAUAAGACUGUAAGAUGAAUGUUAUAUCUGAUGCAAAUAAAUGUUAUUUCAGAUGCAAAUAUAAAAA